UUGACAGAAGGGAGACUACUCUAACUGGGGGUCAACAUCGAACCAUGGCGUUUAAAAGGUCAGGUGAUACGGAUGUAUCAGUAGAAAUGGCUUCAGACAAGAAGAAGAAGCAGGUGCGAGUGUGGGUUGAUGGCUGUUUUGACAUGGUACAUUUUGGCCAUGCCAAUGCCAUCAGGCAGGCAAAGAAGAUGGGUGAUUAUCUGGUAGUGGGAGUACAUUCAGAUGAGGAGAUAGCUAAGCACAAAGGGCCACCAGUAUAUAAACAGGAGGAGCGGUACAAGAUGGUCAGGGCCAUUAAAUGGGUUGAUGAGGUGGUAGAGGCAGCACCCUAUGUUACCACAUUGGAGACAUUAGACAAAUACAAUUGUGAUUUCUGUGUACAUGGAGAUGACAUAACGACGACUGCUGAUGGUACAGAUUCCUACCAUAUAGUGAAAGCUGCAGAGCGCUACAAGGAGUGUAAAAGAACAGCUGGUGUUUCCACAACAGACCUUGUAGGGAGGAUGUUACUGGUCACCAAGAAUCAUCACAAACCUGAAGAGGAAAGCGUAGAAAAAUCUGAUGUCUCAGAUAUAGGAGAGAAAUUGUCCAUGUCCAGCUGUGGCCACAGUCCUUACACUGGUGUUUCCCAGUUCUUGCAGACCUCCAACAAAAUCAUCCAGUUCUCUGAGGGAAAGGAGCCCAAGCCAACAGACCGAAUUGUCUAUGUGGCCGGAGCAUUUGAUCUCUUCAAUGUUGGACACCUUGACUUCCUUGAGAAAGCUUCUAAGGAAGGUGACUUUGUCAUUGUAGGACUCCAUACUGACCCGGUUGUGAACCGAUACAAGGGAGCUAACUACCCAAUAAUGAACCUCAAUGAGAGAGUUCUAAGUGUUCUGGCAUGUAAGUAUGUGUCGGAGGUUGUGAUUGGAGCUCCCUAUGAUGUCACUCAGGAUCUAAUGGAUCAUUUUAAAGUUGACAUUGUUUGCCAUGGAAUGACACCAGUGAUGCCAGCAGAGGAUGGUUCUGAUGCCUAUGGUAUUCCUAAGAAGCUUGGUAAAUUUAAGACCCUGGAGAGUGGAAAUGAGCUGACUACCAGAAUGAUUAUAGAGCGGAUCAUUGCCCACAGGCUAGAAUACCAAAUAAGGAACAAGAAAAAGUCAGAAAAAGAAUUGAAGAUUUUGGAAGCUCUGUUCUAGGCUCCAGUACCAAUUACGGAACAAGAAAAAGUCUGAGAAAGAACUCCUGAUAAUGGAGGCUUUGACGAAAAAUAAUGCCGGAAAAUAACUGUAUUAACAUAGAGUCCUGACCUUUAUCCCAUGACAUCAACAAAAUCAUGGACACGCCCUUAUAGAUGUGCAGCAAGUCACAUAGAUGGAUGCAUUGUGGUAUUCUCUCUCUCUCAAAGACCUUCAGAAAGGGCUUUUAUUGUGUCGGCUUUCUCAGACAUCAGGCCAAGAAAGUUUGUUGGCUCUUAUGAAAACCAGUCUGCAUUGGGCAGCUACAUCAAGUGAUCAUAUAUGUUUUUCAUUUCAAAACCCUAUAUUUAAUGUAUUUUACUUGUUAUACAAACUCCAUUUUAACUUUCAUUUUAUGUCUUGGUUCAUCAAUCAUUCAAACGCCACAAAAAAUACUUUGAAGAAUGGCCAUAAUAUUCAGUAAACACUUUUCCUAUGAAAUCCUUCACUUCAUAGUUAUUUCAACUGUUCAUGAUAAUUAAGCUGCCUGCCAUUCUAGUUUCAUGUAAACUUAUAAAACUUGCUUUCCCUGGGAAUAAACAUUUCUUUUUUAUUAAGGAGCCAUUUUUUAACUACAUGUAUUGAACAUCUAGUGUAUUCAGUCCUUGUUCAUAAUCAACCUGCAACAAGUUGGCAAGUCUUAGUAAUUUGAUUUCAAAGAAGAUGACAUAUAUAAUUAUAUAUGGAACACAUUUUUGUUAAUUGAAGAACAACAGGACUUUUUAUUCAGAACAAUUAUUGUUGUGUCCUCUUCGGAAAUGUAUUUAAUAUUGUAAUAUGUCUAAAUAUUAUUUUUUUCAUUUACAUUUUAGUGUAACCUUAGUAUUUCUUUCUGCUGAUUUUUUUGUGAUUUUCUGUUCUUGUUAAUGUGUGUCUUUAAAAUACUAUUAAUAUUCUAGGAAAAAGGUACACAUCCAAGUUUAUAAUAUAGUAUAUUGAAGCUCAUAAUAUAUUUUAUAGUUCAAACAUGUCUCAAGGUCACAAUUAUUUUUUUUUAUUAUUAUUUUUGAAUUGAACAUUAAAAAGGAGAAAAGUUCAACAAAUUGAUAUAAAACUAAAAUAUCAUGCAUUGAAAAUAAUGUAACUAUAUCCUUAAGGGUUAAUUAAGUGGAAUGUUUGUUGGCCUGUGUCCUUGCAGGUCUGCUCUCUAAUUUAACUAAGUGUCAAGAACAAAACAAGAUUGUGUGUAAUCACAUUUAAGACAUGAAAUUAAUAUUUGUAUACCAUGUAUACUUCAAAAUUGUUUUAUAUAGCAUAGAUUGUGAUAAAUGUGGUUAUUAAAGUAAUGUUAUGAGAGAAAAAAACACUUCUCUUUGAGGGAUUGCCUUUUCACAUUUGCUUUUCCUGUAUUUAGGUGUUGUGUAGUGUUUAAACUACUUACAUAAUUAUUUCCGAUAUUGCUGAUUCAGAUUUUUAUCAAGGGGUACAUGUAAGUUAUUUAGAAGAGCACAAAUAAAGAAAUUAUUAUUUG